GCUUUCAUCUCUUUCUAAUCGAACUAAACCUUUUAUUUGACUGACUAUUCUUCUUUCCAAUCUCUCUUCUCACUGAAUUUCUAGAAUUUUCCCCAAAAUAUCUAUCUAUACGUACAAUCACUCUCACACAUGCUCAUAUAUUCACACCUAUACUUCAACUCGUUUCAUUCAUGAUCUCGAUUCACAUGCUGUGAUCACGCUACCGGUCGCCGGAGAUGGGAGCUUGCCUGUCGUCGCCGGAUACUUGCGUCGCUGGACGCAUACAAUCAUCCGCGAAGAAGUUACGCAAGCGAAAAAAAGCUCCGAAUCAGCGUGUUUCGUCUAUUUUGUCCGAUCAAUCGAAGUUCGCACCGUCAGCAGGUAGCAUAGACGAGCAUUGGUAUGAUUCAGUUGCAGUUCUUGAAUCUGAAUGCAGUGAUGAAGAUUUCCAUAGUGUUCUUGAUGAUGUUUUGUCACUAAACGGCUCUGAAGUAGCCUCUAGGCCAAGUAUUGACUUGCGGCUAAAAUCAGAUGAACAUUCAAACGAAUCUAAACCCGUUUACCUUGAUGAAAUAUCAUCUUCCAUUGAUGAAAAUGCUGGAAUGGAUAGUGGUUUGUUGGACUGUGGAAUGAUUCCCGGCAACUGUUUGCCAUGUUUGGCUAAUACUAUUCCGUCAAUCGAAAAAAGAAGAUCAUCAAGCUCUAGCCCGCCAAACACAAGAAAAAAGAUUUCACAUAAACUUUCAUUCAAAUUAAAGGAUGGACAUCCUAGCACCACUAUUUUUUCUUUAAAGAAACGUCUGGAACGACCGAUAGCUGGUUCACAAGUACCUUUCUGCCCGGCAGAGAAAAAAGUGCUUGAUUCUUGGUCACAUGUCGAACCACAAAUUUUUAGAGUACGCGGGAAAAAUUAUUUCAGGGAUAAAAAGAAGGAGCAUGCACCUAAUUAUGCGGCAUAUUAUCCUUUUGGCGUUGACGUCUUUUUAUCUCAGAGAAAAGUUGAUCAUAUUGCUCGGUUUGUAGAACUCCCUAUUGUUGGUCCUUCUUCCGGAGAACUUCCACCAAUUCUUGUUGUAAAUAUCCAGGUUCCAUUAUAUCCUGCUGCCUUUUUCCAAGGUGAAAUUGACGGUGAAGGAGUGAGUUUCGUUUUAUACUUCAAACUCUCUGAUAAUUACUCUAAGGAACUAUCAUCCCAAUUUCAAGACAAUAUGAGGCGGAUACUUGAUGAUGAAAUGGAAAAAGUCAAAGGUUUUCCUCUAGAUACACUAGCACCAUUUCGAGAACGAUUGAAGAUAUUAGGUCGAGUUGUAAAUGUAGAUGACCUUCAGUUAAGUGCACCCGAAAGGAAGAUUAUGAAUGCUUACAACGAAAAACCCGUGCUUUCACGUCCCCAACAUGAGUUCUACCAAGGAGUAAACUACUUUGAGAUUGAUUUAGAUAUGCACAGAUUUAGUUACAUUUCAAGAAAAGGAUUUGAAGCAUUCCAAGAAAGACUAAAGAACUGCAUCUUGGAUUUCGGACUCACAAUUCAGGGAAACAAACAAGAGGAGUUACCAGAGCAGAUCUUAUGUUGUGUAAGGCUAAACGGGAUCGAUUAUAUGAAUUAUCAAAUGUUAAAGUUGAACAGUGAACCCGUAUGAUACUAAUAGUCUUAACUAAUAGUGUAAACCUUCCAAAUUCAUUACUUAAUGAAUUCAUGAUUACAUUUUAGGUCUAGUAGUAUGUGAAUCAUCAAUGUCGUUUUACUCAUAUUUGGUGUAAAUGAUGAUGCUAAUUGAAAACUUUGGUGACCUAUGUCAACUUAUUUUUACUUUU